AGUCUUACCUCUUUAUCGCACUCAAACACACAGUCUCUCUCUCUCUCUCUCUCUCUGUGUCUGAAUAUUAUAUGCCUUUUGGGAAUCAAUAUUAUUCCUCAAUUCAUGGCCGGAGAGUUUGUACGCAGGGAUGACUGGGAUUUAGACGCCGUGGUGACAGGACGCAUGAACCAAGCCUCCUCCACUCCUUGUGACAUCAAGGAGUGGUUUGAUUUGUUCAUCGACGAUGACCCUCUGAUGAGAAUGAGUAAUACCGGAUGGGAGCUUCCUCCUGAUGACUUCCCAACGGGCUUUUAUGAGACGAUGACGAUGUCUAAGGUUUUGGAUGAUUUGGAAGGGCUUUACGACCACCCGGUGAUGCUUCCCGCUUCCUCUGAGGCCAUUGAAGUUGGGUCCUCGGGCAAUACUGCAGAAACCAGUGAAGGUGCUCAGCAGCUGCAAGAAGGAGCUGGUUCAUCUGCACUGGCGGAUGUUGAUGUUGUUCGUGCAACUGCUAAGUAUAAAAGAAGGAAGAACCAACACAAACAGGUAGUGCAGCACGUUACAUCGGAUGGUCUUUCAUCGGAUUUGUGGGCUUGGCGUAAAUAUGGCCAGAAACCAAUCAAGGGUUCGCCCUUUCCAAGGAGCUAUUAUAGGUGUAGCAGUAUGAAGGGAUGUCUUGCACGAAAACAAGUCGAGCGGAGCAGCUCAGAACCCGGGAUGUUCACAGUGACCUACACCGGAGAACACAGCCACACACAACCCACUCGCCGAAGCGCCCUCGCUGGCAUAAGCAGGCCAAGCAAGUUUUCUACUUCUAAGAAAUCCAGCACUGCUGCCACCACCGAUGAAUUCGCACGCUCAAUGCCUAAGUUACCCCAAGGCAUGUCUAUUAAUAAUCAUGAGAGCUCUCCAACCUCAACUUCAACGAUGGAAGACGGUCCAUGCGCAUGCAAAGCAGAAACAACAUUCCUGUGGGGUGAGAGUGAAAAUGUUGAUAAAACUCUGAAUCUUCCAAGUUUGGUUUUGGGUGAAGAAAUAUUCAUGGGAUUUGAUGAGCUGGAAGGUUUAGGCAUAGAUUUUGCCCUAACUGGUUAUUGAUUUUGAUGGGAAAUGUGGGGCAAGCUCAUAGAGAUGAGAUUGUUCCUUUGACCAAAAUCUUAGAUAUCUUCAUUGCAAAUGAGAUGUCUUCAGAUAGGAUCUCAUAUCGUAUUGUUGAGGCAGCCAAUUGAGAAAGACAUUUGUGUAUAGUGACACUCGUUUGAUCUGCCGUAAAAAAAUUCAGAUUCGAUUCUUAACAAUAAAAUUUCUCGCAUCA